AUCACAUUCAACAAGAAUAAUUCAAAGGGAAAUUAUCUCAAGUCAAAAAUUCAACGCUACAUUUAAACUAAGUUCGUAAAAACUAUCAAAAUAAACUAUGAAGUACUUAGUCGCAAUUACAAUUUUCGCUAUUGUUUUAAUCAACAAUUCAGAAGCUAAAGUCUUCUCAAAAUGCGAAUUCGCUAGAGCCAUGUCUAAUGCUGGAUUUUCAAGGGCAUCAUUACCCAACUGGGUAUGUCUUGUAAAAUCUGAAAGCAACUUUAAUUCAAGAGUCAAAGGAGGACCAAACAGUAAUGGAUCAUACGACUGGGGUAUUUUCCAAAUUAAUGAUAAAUAUUGGUGCAAAGUUGGUUACAAAGGCGGUGACUGUAACAUGAAUUGCAAUCAACUGGUUGAUGACAAUAUUAGUGACGAUAUUGCAUGCACAAAAAUCAUUUAUAAGCGACAUGGCUACAACGCUUGGUACGGAUGGAAGAACAAGUGCCAAGGAUCACUUGCUGCCUAUCAAGUUAAUGAAUGUUUCUAAAUACUCGUUUGAUUGCUAAUAUUUAAGUUUAAGAUUUAUUUUCAAUGCAUUGAGUUAAUUUAAUAAAAUUAAAUAGCUUUAAAAAA